UCGGUAUGUGUACCUCAACAAAAACAUAAUAAUCCAAAGACGUGGCUGCAACCAUCUAAAAAUCUAUUUAGUUUAUCUGAUAAAAAUAGCCAUAACAAGCUGUAUAUAUAAAUUUUAUCGUAGUGAACUAGUCGUGCGCAACAACUCAAUAAUUAAGUAAGUAAUCAUAGAAAUUGCUAGCUCACGACUCGUAAUUACUUUUACCUAGUAAGUAGACUUUUUAAGCGCAUUUGGAAGCACUAUAUAAGUAUUGCAAUAUAAUGGUGGACAUUGCUAACAUAAUCAAACUUCAAUUUAAUUUUAAAACAUUUAAUUAACACAAUGGAGAGGAUUUUUAUCAACUUAUUUGUGUUGUCAAUUUUGCUAGCUCUUUUGGCAUUGGCUGAAUCAGCCAUGGAAAAGAGUUAUGGACCCUAUGAUCAACAACCAUCAUAUGUACCGGACACCUCGAGCACACCACCACCACCAUCGCCGCCAUCAUCACCACCACCACCACCACAACCACAACCUAACCCUACGUGUAGGAAACUAAAACAACUUUGUGGAGGUUAUGGCGAUUACGCUUGUUGUGAAGGAUUAUAUUGUCUUGGUUGGACACCAGAGCAACCAGGUGGUCUCGGACUAUGUACACCUUUAGAUAAUCAACAACCUCCGUCGAAAGAUAAGUGUAGACACCACCUUCAAGAGUGCCAACUCUAUGGUCCGUACGUAUGUUGUCAAGGAUUGAACUGCGUUCAUGCUCGAAACCUUCCUACCGAACCUCUUAUUAAAACUCGAAAGAAGAAGCUUCCUCCUGGUACGGGUUUAUGCACUUAUGCUAAUUAUUAAGCUAUAAUAUGUACUCACUAGUUCAUACUAGCAAUACUGAUUGAGUUUAGUAUAUGUUCAUCAUGUGUUUUCAUGUAUUGUUCUAUAGCAUACAUUAUGUUUUUGAUUCCGGGGAUUAUUGUACUUCAUUUUGUUAAUUUUUUAA